GCAAGUCCAGACAAGAUUGUUGAUCCCACAGAAGGAAAUCUGAUUGUGUUACUUCGUGACUUCUACUAUGGAGAGCAUAUAGGAGUUGGGCAGCCAGAACCGAAGACCCACACAGCGUUUAAAUGCCUCAGCUGCUUGAAAGUUCUAAAAAAUGUCAAGUUUAUGAAUCACAUGAAGCACCAUUUGGAACUUGAGAGGCAGAGAGGUGACAGCUGGAAAAACCACACCACCUGCCAGCACUGCCUCCGCCAGUUUCCUACUCCCUUCCAGCUGCAGUGUCACAUUGAAAGUGUCCACACUCCCCAGGGGCCCUCCGCAGUCUGUCAAAUCUGUGAGUUGUCCUUUGAGACAGAUCAGGUUCUCUUAGAGCACAUGAAAGACAAUCAUAAGCCUGGUGAAAUGCCCUAUGUAUGCCAGGUUUGCAGUUACAGAUCAUCAUUUUUUGCAGAUGUGGAUGCACAUUUCCGAGCAUGCCAUGGUAACACUAAGAAUUUACUUUGCCCGUUUUGUCUCAAAAUUUUUAAGACUGCAACAGCAUACAGACGUCAUCAUAGAGGGCACUGGGAAAAGAGUUUUCACCAGUGUUCCAAAUGUCGGCUACAGUUUUUAACUUUCAAAGAGAAAAGGGAACACAAGACCCGGUGUCAUCAAAUGUUUAAGAAGCCUAAGCAGCUAGAAGGAUUGUCUCCUGAAACAAAAGUUGUUAUUCAGGUAUCACUGGAACCCCUUCAAGCAGGAUUGGUGGAAAUAGCAUCCAUUACUGUGAACACAUCUGAUUUUGAAUCA